AUGUCAGUUCACUACGCAAAGCUGGAUAUUACGGUCGCAUCGUUCCUUGGAUAGGCACUUUCUGCUGAAAUAUAAAACAAUUAAAGUUUCUGCUGUGAAAUUCAAAAUCAUAUGUAUCAUUCAAUGAUACCAUAUUCAGCAAUACCGAGUGUUUUUAACAGUUGCCCAGAAUCGUUCAGUGAAAAGUGAAAGAGGAGAUAUAAUCCUCGUUUUUGUAAAGCACUGUUAUAUGUAUACCAUAUUAAAUAAGAAUCAAAUUUAAAGUGAAUUUUUCGUAAAAAUCGAUAAUGAUGAUUGAUAUAUGAGGUGGAAUAAAGUGUGACAUAGAGUGUAUGCAAUGGUGAAUUACUGAAGCUAUUUGUGCUAGGCCGAAGAUCAUAUUAAGUUGCCACAAUGCAAGAAGUUUGCAGCACGGCUGACCAUAUUGGAUCGCAAGUUAAGCCUGAAACAACGGGUUUGGCAUCAUUACAAGGAAAUGUUCUAGUGGAACCAGACGCGACGACAUCUCAAUCUCGAUCCCCAUUGAAUGCUUCUAAUACUCGUUUAAAUCGUAAAGCUCUUUUGUGUGAUAAGCCUAUAAGAUGUGCUACUCAAAGUUCUACUAAUGCGGAAACAGUGCCUCAACAGAAUCAAGUGCAUCCGGAUUCGUCUUAUUGGAUGCAAAAUGAAAGUGGAUUUAUAAAUUCUCAACCAUCGAUGGCCGAGUUCUUAACCCACAUUGAUUCAGAGAGUCCUAAAUUAAUAUCCCAAGGCUAUCCAGUAGGGUCUACUGAAAAUUUGGACUCUGUUCCAGAAUAUCCCUGGAUGAAGGAAAAGAAAACAGCUAGAAAAAGUCAAACUCAAGCUGAAUUCGUGGCAGAAAAUGGAUUACCGAGACGAUUGCGAACCGCAUACACAAAUACCCAACUUCUGGAACUGGAAAAAGAGUUUCAUUUCAACAAAUAUCUAUGUCGUCCUAGAAGGAUAGAAAUAGCUGCAAGUUUGGAUCUAACAGAACGACAGGUCAAAGUGUGGUUUCAGAACAGACGAAUGAAACACAAGAGACAAACAUUGUCAAAAACCGAUGAUGAGGAUUCUAGUAAAGAUGAUUUGAAAGGUAUUU